GAGCGGUCCAGCCCCCGCCGCCGCAGUGGUUUCCCCGCUGCCGGACCCGGGGCUCUGCCAGCACAGCUCCGCGGCGGCGCGGCGGGUAGUCCCGGGGAGGGCCUGGCGGCACCCGGCGGCCUUAUUCGGGUCGCGGUUGUCUGCAGCCCACGGGCACCGUGGCGACGCGGAGAGCGCCCGUAGGACGAAUAAAUACAGCCAUCAGCCUUCGGGAUGCGGUCCCGGACCGGCCUGGGAGGCCCCGGCGGGCUGGUGGAGGGCUCGGGCUUGCCUGGGGCUGGGAAGGCAGAGCUGGUUCCCGCUGCCCUGAGCUGCCGCAGAGGUGGGCACGGCUGUCGUCGGGUGAGUCUGGCCUCCCAGCCGCUGUGGACCCGGACAGUGUGGCUCCGGAGGUGUCCGAGUGCCCUGCUGGGCUCCCUCCCUGCAGCCCUGCAAAGCCAGGCUGAGGUGCGUGAGAGUAAAGGCUCGUCACUGCAGAGAUACACACCAGCUCUUCCUAAACUUUCGUGUCUUGGCAGCAGUUACCAAAGGCUGGGCUGUGUGGUGUCAAGUUCAAGCCUAAAACCAGCUCCUCUCUGAGUGCUGCUGAAAAUGGCCUGGACACUGAUGAGGAGCCUCUUCUCAGAAAGAAUCCUCGACGGUUUGUCAUCUUCCCCAUCCAGUACCCAGACAUAUGGAAAAUGUAUAAACAGGCUCAGGCCUCCUUUUGGACAGCAGAAGAGGUUGAUUUGUCGAAGGAUCUUCCUCACUGGAACAAGCUGAAAGCAGAUGAAAAACACUUUAUCUCUCAUAUUCUGGCAUUUUUUGCAGCCAGUGAUGGAAUUGUAAAUGAAAACCUGGUGGCACGUUUCAGUCAGGAGGUGCAGAUCCCAGAAGCUCGCUGUUUCUAUGGCUUUCAGAUCCUCAUUGAGAAUGUUCACUCAGAGAUGUACAGCCUGCUGAUAGACACUUACAUCAAAGAUCCUGAGAAAAGGGAUUUCUUAUUUAAUGCUAUUGAAACGAUGCCUUGUGUCAAGAAGAAAGCAGACUGGGCUCUGAAGUGGAUUGAAGACAGAGAAUCCACUUUUGGUGAGAGAGUCGUUGCCUUUGCUGCAGUUGAAGGCAUCUUCUUUUCGGGUUCCUUUGCUGCUAUAUUUUGGCUGAAGAAGAGGGGCCUGAUGCCUGGACUGACUUUCUCCAAUGAGCUUAUUAGCAGAGAUGAGGGUCUACACUGUGAUUUUGCUUGUCUAAUGUUCCAUUAUUUAGUGAACAGGCCGUCAGAAGAGCGAGUCCAUGAGAUCAUCGUUAAUGCUGUUGAAAUUGAGCAGGAGUUUCUAACAGAGGCCUUACCUGUAGGUCUGAUUGGAAUGAAUUGCACUUUGAUGAAACAGUACAUUGAGUUUGUGGCAGACCGGUUGCUGAUGGAGCUUGGCUUCUCAAAGGUCUUUCACGCAGAAAAUCCUUUUGAUUUUAUGGAGAAUAUUUCUCUGGAAGGAAAAACAAAUUUCUUUGAGAAGCGGGUUUCAGAAUACCAGCGUUUUGCUGUUAUGGCAGAAACGAUGGACAAUGUCUUCACUCUGGAUGCAGAUUUUUGAUAACUUGGCAAAUGAACGGUGACUGUUUCCCUCUUCCCACUUUCUGCUGUGAAAUCAUCUUUAUUUCUUCUCCUGGAAUUGGAGCCUUCUGGGAUUUUUUUCCUGGGUUUUAAUGUUGUUUAUCUGAGGAGUAAAUGUAUUUCUCUGUUGUUUAAAGAAAAAAAGAAAAAGAAGUCCUUUAAAAGGUUUAUAUGGCUCUUUAAAAGAAUGGCCUUUCUAAGAUUCCUUUGACUCAUCUGAUAUGAUUGCUGUCUUGAAAAAUUAUCUGGAUACUACUACUUUUUGAACUACUACUUUUAGUAGUGUUUUAAGAAAGCAAACUGUGUGUUUACCUCAUGUUAUGGUGUUUUAAUCUGAAAAUCAGAUGAGACAUCUCUCUAUGUAUAUAUGUUGCUAUAAAUUAUUUUCAUGGUUUCUAUUUUCUUGGUCUAGAGUAAAAGCUCUUCCCUUAGUCCUGCUGCAGAUAGAGUAAUAAGUGAAUGUGUGAAGACGUUAAUAAGGUAUGAACGAGAAAAUCUUAUUAAACCCAGUCUGAUCUCCCUGUUAACCUGGGUUCUGUCUGAAAGCAUUUUCACUUUGGUUGCAAACGUGAUGGCUGUUGGUGGGAGUUUAAAUCAAAUACAUGUAAUUUUUGUCUUACAGCUGUUAUUGAGCAGAUCAAUGGGCUUUGAAUGGUCCUUGAAAAGGCAAGCCUGUUAAUAGUGAAGAAAAAUCACAUCCUGUAGUUCUUUGGCUUGUGCUGCCUAUUUUUUCCCCUGCUUCCUUGAGCAAGUGCCUUAUUAAGCAGUCUGUAGUUGCACCCAGCUGCAGUCAGCAUCUGACCCCAGCAGAGCCAUCUUGGAGUCCCUCUCACAUCUGUUGUGCUGACUGAUUUGAUAUUCUGUCCUUCUCAGUUUCACUUGUGCAUGGAAAGGAUGAGAAGGUACAUUAUUCCAAGGGAUUAUCCCUUGGGUGCUGCAAACAUGCUGCUUGGGCUGUAAGGAUGCACCAGUAAUGUAUGAAGGUAUUUCAAGUUGUGUGUUUAAUAUGAACCAUUGAAACCCUUGUCAUAGAGAGCUCUAGAGAAGGGCAUGAAACCUGUCAAAAGCAAAUAUGGAAGUCAUAUGGAUUAGCAGCAUCAGCAAAGGACUGUUGUUUGAGUUUUAGCGUGUUCCAGUGUGCAUCUAAAAACUUUUUCAACUUCUUGCUGUCACAUGCAGCGAACGGAGCAGUUGAAGAGUGGCUGACAUGCUGCAGUGGUACUUGGGAUGGAGGGGGCACCAUCAGCUGUGGGAGGAUUAUUUGCAGAUAGCUAUGCUCUUUUUUUCAAAGGCAAAAGUGAGUGUAAAUGUACCAGACAAAGGGUUCUGCUUUAUUAAACCCAAGCAUUUUUUCAUAACAUUCAGCAACUUGUAUAAGAGCUUUUCUAAAUCUUUCUUAGUGUUGCAGCCAUCUUGUGCUGCUUUUGAUAACACCUGACAUGAGAUGAGCUGAGAACCCAGGGUCAUCAGUAAUGAGAUGGUCUAAGUGUUACUUUCCCUGCCAGCCCAAAUCAGCCAUAGCCCUGGGUACCUGAGUUCCAUCAAAUAGGUGUGCUGCCUUAGCGUCAUUCCUAGUGAACAAUUGUCCCUGGUGGAAAAACAAGCGGUAAAAACAACUCUUUUUGUUUGGCCUCAGUAAAAGAUCAUGAGUAUGCAAUGAGCAUGGAAACAGGAGCUCCUUUUUUUCAUUCCUAGAGACAACCUGCAUUGUUGACUUAAGGUACUUGGGGAAGGCAGAGGGGGGAAGCUGGAGAAUACAGAGAAAAACUGGACCUGAUGUCCCUCCCUGACAUCCUGCAACUGCAAAAGAACUGUGAACUCAUAAAAUCCAGCACCUCCUGAAAGUACUCUAUUGAGGAAGAGAAAAUGUGAGUGGGUCUGUCGUUGGAGGAAUGAAACAUAUUUUUAUGUCUCGUAAAAGAACUAAAAAGCAUUUUUUUUGAGUGUUGGGAAUUAAGAUGGGAGUAUAGAGAAUAUUCAGAUGUGCAACUGCAAUGUGCUCAGGUUCUGUAAUUGCAUAUGAGAUGCCAAAGUCUGGUACAACAGCUCCCACUCGUGUGUAAAAUAUGCACGUCGUUUCAAUAAAACUUGAAUGUGGGG